AUGGAGCCAAGCACACAACUACCCCAUAAUACAACAAUUAACAAUGAUUCAUCCUCCGCAACAAAUCCCGGGCCUCAGAAAAAAUAUUUAGAUCCGCGUACAGCAUACCCUCAUCUCGGUCUGAGUGGAAAUGUGAUUUCAGCUAACAUUUGUAUACCAUAUUCUCUUCAAUAUAGAAAAGAGUCUGAGUGGGAACUCGAGCCUCGGCGUGGUACAUCUGCACUCUUCGAUUCUUUUGCACAUCUAUCCUCUAGUCAAACUCCUUGGAAUCAUACCUUAGUCGGUUGGACAGGCGAAGUCACUACCGCAGAUAUUACCCCUCCACUCACCCCUCCGUCAACUACAUCCGUAUGCCGAUAUCCACCGCUCAACAAAUCAUCUGCUCCGAUACCUAUAGACGGAUCGACUCACCAGCUAGAUACAAGUCAUUCAGAAGGUCUAUGGAUUAGUAAGGAAGAUCAAGAACAUUUAGAAUGGCAGCUCAAUUACAAAAACAAAAGUCAAAUCUUGCCAGUCUGGCUAGAUGAUGAGACAGAAUCUACAUCAGAAAGAAUUUGCCUGAAAGACCAAGCUAGAUGGAGACGAUAUGCAGAACAAAGCUUAUACACCCUUUUCCACUAUAAACAGAACGAACCCACCGAUGCACGGACUGAAUGUCAGUCAUGGACAGACUACAAAUGCUUAAAUGAGAAAUUUGCAUACCGAAUUCUUGAGAAAUAUAAGCCCGGCGAUAUAGUAGUUAUUCACAAUUACCAUCUUCUUCUCCUACCUAAGAUACUCCGCAACAGCAUACCACACAUGUACAUUGUCUUCUUCCUCCACAUUCCAUUUCCUAGUAGCGAGUUCCUUCGAUGUUUGCCGCGGCGUAAGGAAGUAUUAGAGGGAGUUCUAGGUGCCAAUUUAGUUGGAUUCCAAAAUCUUAGCUACUCAAGACACUUUGUGUCAUGCUGUACCAGAAUUCUUGGGUUUCCCUCUGAUGGGAUGGGCGUCGAGGUUUCCGGCAGAAAAGUUACUGUUGGAGUCUUUCCCAUAGGCAUUGAUGCUGGAGCAAUAGAAAAAAGUGCUUUUAAUGACCCCAUAGUUGACAAAAAGGUAGAAGCACUUCGUGGUCUCUAUGAAGGCAAAAAGAUCAUUGUGGGCCGCGAUAGAUUGGAUACUGUUCGAGGUGUCGCUCAGAAACUUAUGGCAUUUGAAAGGUUUCUAAGCGACUAUCCCCAAUGGCAGGGGAAUGUUGUGUUGAUUCAAGUCACAAAUCCCGUUAUCACUGAAAAGGGACCUGAAAGUGCUGACAAUAAAGUCGCCAAUCAAGUAUCAGAACUCGUUGCCAAUAUUAAUGGGGUCUAUGGAUCUCUGUCUUUCUCCCCGGUUCAGUAUUAUCCACAAUAUCUUUCGCAACCAGAUUACUUGGCUCUCCUCCGGGCAGCUGAUAUUGGGCUCAUCACAAGUGUCCGAGAUGGAAUCAACACGACAAGUCUUGAAUACAUUGUGUGCCAACGAGAUAAGCACAAUCCUCUCAUCCUUUCUGAAUUCUCUGGCACUGCAGGUAGCCUGAAAGAGGCUAUACAUAUAAAUCCUUGGGAUGUUUCAGGUGUCGGAAAACAAAUCAAUUCUGCCCUAACAAUGAGUGCCCAAGAAAAAGCGACAAUGCACAAAUCACUCUAUUCAAACGUUACGAGUCGUAAUAUCCAGGCCUGGACGGAUGGCUAUCUAAGUAGCCUCUUAUCUGUUCUUAACGGCUCUAACUCGUCAACAACUACCCCCUUACUUGACAAAACAGUUUUAGUUAGACAAUACCAUAGUGCCUCAAAGCGCCUAUUCAUGUUUGAUUAUGAUGGAACACUCACACCAAUUGUUCGUGAUCCAGCAGCAGCUCUACCUUCAAAGCGCUUGAUUUGCAUUCUCAAAACUUUGGCUGCAGAUUCGGAUAACUCAGUUUGGAUUAUAAGUGGACGUGAUCAAGAUUUUCUCCAAAAACACUUGGGGGAUAUUGAAGAGCUUGGAUUUAGUGCUGAGCAUGGAAGCUUCAUUAGGCAUCCUAGACGAAAGGAGUGGGAGAAUCUGGCUGAAGUCUUUGAUUUGGGAUGGCAAAAGGUGGUGUUGCAGGUGUUGCAGAGAUAUACCGAACGAACUCCCGGUUCUUUCAUAGAGCGUAAACGCUGUGCCUUGACUUGGCAUUAUCGACCCUCUGAUCCAGUUCUAGGUGCAUACAACGCGGAUGAGUGUCGCAAAGAGCUUGAAAAAACUGUCAGUUGUGAGUGGGACAUCGAGGUAAUGAUGGGAAAGGCGAAUCUUGAAGUACGACCAACCUUUAUCAACAAAGGAGAAAUCGCUAAGCGUCUCAUAUCGGAGUCAGUUCCAAAACCAGAAUUUGUAUUUUGUCUCGGUGAUGAUUCUACGGACGAAGAUAUGUUUCGCGCACUUGACUGUGCGGGCUUGACAGAUAGUCAUUACUUCACUGUUAAAGUUGGAGAGAGUAACAAGGUAACACGUGCUCACUGGAACUUACCUGAACCAGCGGAUGUUGUGGCAAGCAUCGCUCUACUAUGUGGUAAAGACAACAAGCCUUGCAGUUCGGAAACUUCCUGA